CAAAAAUUUAGGGGUGUAUUCUCAAGAUAGUGUACUUUCAAAUAAAAAUUAGUUUUAUAGAAGGUUGUUCGACUUUGAAUGGUCUGUGUACCCUUAAAGUUAGCAUGGGUUCUUUUGGAUCCUUAACGAGCUCAACGUGUUAAGAUAGUUGUACCGAAUUACGUCAUGGAUCCGAAUGACGUUACCAUAAUUUGUUUUGUGUUCAUAAUAAAACGCAGCUAAUUAAAAGUAUCUAAAUUCUAAAAAGUUUUUAGAAAUUCUGAACGUGAGACUAAAAUCUCUUUAAAUAUAAUGAUCUUGAAACAAAACAAAAUUAAUAAAUGGAAAAUUUGUCAACAGGUAUAUUUUUUCAAGAUAUGUACAUGAAAUAUAAACAUCAUGGCGCCUUUGGAUUAUACACAUUUUUCAAACCAAAUUUGGUGAUCGCCGAUCUUGAGCUUAUUCAGACCGUGUUGAUAACAAAUUUUGACAAUUUUCACGAUCGUGGAUUCUAUUGCAACGAAAAAAUCGAUCCAUUAACUGGCCAUUUGUUUCUGCUGCCUGGACAAAAAUGGAAAAAUAUGCGUGCCAAGCUAACACCCACAUUUACUCUGUUUCAAAUAAAGCAGAUGUUUAAGAUCGCAAAGGAAAUUGGCAACAACUUUGCAAUUUAUCUGGAGAAUAAAGCACAGAUGAAAGAAUCUAUAGAAAUGAAGGAUAUGUUUUCAAGAUAUACAACUGAUGUUAUAAUGUCCACCGCUUUUGGUACCGAUUCCAAUUGUAUUAACGAACCAAACAACGAGUUUCGAAUUUAUGGAAAAAGGAUUUUGAAAGCAAACUCAAUUUGGGUUGCCAUUUUUAUGUUUGCUCCGCAAAUUAUGGAAUUUUUUUCCAUUCCCAUUACGCAUCGAAGCGUCACCAAAUUCUACAUGAAGAUGUUUCGAGAAAUUGUGGAAUAUCGUCGAAUUAAUAAAAUUACCAGAAACGACUUUAUAAAUUUAUUAAUGGAGUUAAUGGAGAAUAGCCACAUUGACAAUUAUGACAACAAGCCCGAUAAAGAAACUAAACUUACAAUGACAGAAGCAACAGCGCAAAGUUUUGCGUUCUUUAUAGCUGGGUUUGAAACCUCAUCAGCGACGGCGUCAUAUGCCUUAUUCGAAUUGGCCCAAAAUGAAAAUAUACAAGAUAAACUUUACGAUGAAAUUGAUCGAGUAUUAAAAGAAUAUGGUGAUUUAACUUACAACGCUUUAAAAGAUAUGACAUAUUUACAAAAAGUGAUAGAUGAAAGUAUGCGAAAAUAUCCAUCUGUUCCUAUCUUAAACCGAAUCUGUACGGAAGAAAUAGAUUUACCAGACAUACAUGUUCCAAAGGGGACGUUAAUAACGAUACCAGUUCUUGGUAUACACAGAGAUCCAACGAUAUAUCCAGAUCCGGAUAAAUUUGAUCCGGAAAGAUUCUGUAAAGACGAAAAAGAGAAAAGGCAUCCGUGUGCGUUUUUACCAUUCGGGAAAGGCCAGCGAAUGUGCAUUGGUGAGGAUAUGAAUUAA